GCCAGCGGCAUGGAGCGCCGCGCCGCCCCCGGGCCCGGCCCGCCGCGCCCCCGGCCCCGGCUCCCGCCGCUGCCGCUGCUGCUGCUCGCGCUGGCGGCCCGCGGGGGCUGUGCCGCGCCCGCGCCCCGAGCGGAGGACCUCAGCCUGGGGGUGGAGUGGCUGAGCCGAUUCGGCUACCUGCCCCCAGCUGACCCCACAACAGGCCAGCUGCAGACGCAGGAGGAGCUGGCCAAGGCCAUCGCCGCCAUGCAGCGGUUUGGGGGCCUGGAGACCACCGGCAUCUUAGACGAGGCCACCCUGGCGCUGAUGAAGACUCCUCGGUGUUCCCUCCCCGACCUCCCGGCUGCAGCCCCCGCUCGGAGGAGGCGCCAGGCUCUGACUCCUACCACGUGGACCAAGAGGAGCCUGUCGUGGAGGGUCCGCACGUUCCCGCGGGACUCGCCCCUGGGCCGGGACACCGUGCGCGCGCUCAUGCACUACGCCCUCAAAGUCUGGAGCGACAUCACGCCCCUCAACUUCCAUGAGGUGGCGGGCAGUGCCGCGGACAUCCAGAUCGACUUCUCCAAGGCUGACCACAACGACGCCUACCCCUUCGACGGCCCGGGCGGCACGGUGGCCCACGCCUUCUUCCCUGGUGACCAGCUGUCCGCGGGGGAUGCCCACUUCGAUGACGACGAGUCCUGGGCCUUCCGCUCCUCAGAUGCCCACGAUAUGGACCUGUUUGCCGUGGCUGUCCACGAAUUUGGCCACGCCAUUGGGCUGAGCCACGUGGCGGCCCCGAGCUCCAUCAUGCAGCCGUACUACCAGGGCCCAGUGGGCGACCCGCUGCACUACAGGCUCCCCUACGACGACAGGGUGCGCAUCUGGCAGCUGUAUGGCGUACGGGAGUCCGUGUCCCCCACGGCACAGCCGGACACCCCAGAACCCGAGGAGCCUCCCCUCCCACCAGAGCCCCCCAGCAACCGGUCCAGCACCCAACCCAGGAAGGAUGUGCCUCUCCGGUGCAGCACUGACUUUGACGCCGUGGCCCAGAUCCGUGGCGAGGCCUUUUUCUUCAAAGGCAGGUACUUCUGGCGGCUGACCCGGGACGGGCACCUGGUGUCUCUGCAGCCGGCGCAGAUGCACCGCUUCUGGCGGGGCCUGCCGCUGCACCUGGACAGCGUGGACGCCGUGUUCGAGCGCACCAGCGACCACAAGAUCGUCUUCUUCAAAGGAGACAGAUACUGGGUAUUUAAGGACAAUAACGUAGAGGAAGGAUAUCCGCGGCCCGUCUCAGACUUCGGCCUCCCGCCGGGCGGCGUCGACGCUGCCUUCUCCUGGGCCCACAAUGACAAGACUUAUUUCUUUAAGGACCAGCUGUACUGGCGCUUCGAUGAGCACACACGGCGCAUGGACCCCGGCCACCCUGCCCGGAGCCCCCCGUGGAGGGGCAUCCCCAGCACGCUCGACGACGCCAUGCGCUGGUCCGACGGUGCUGCCUACUUCUUCCGUGGCCAGGAGUACUGGAAGGUGCCCGACGGCGAGCCGGAGGCGGCGCCCGGGUACCCGCGGUCCACGGCGCGGGACUGGCUGCUCUGCGCCGACCCACAGGCGGGCCCGCGGGGCGCGGACGCGGAGGCCGGGGCCCACGCGCGGCCGGGACAGCGCGGCCACAGCCGCUCCGAGGACGGCUUCGAGGUCUGCUCCUGCACCUCGCCCGCCCCCCCGCGCCCCGCCGCCUCGGGCCCGCUGCUGGCGGCCGCGCCCCUGCUGCCGCUGCUGGCGCUGCGGCCGGCGGCCCGGGCCCCCCCGCUCUGA